UGUGACAGAACAGAAAUUAAUAGAACUUUCCAAUCGGUCGAUUCUUUGUUCAUUUUGGUGAAUUGUGCGAAAAUUGCUCCCAUCCAUUGCAUUGCAUCGUUUCUUAUUUGUUUAGUAGUGUAUCCUUCAAGUUUAUAAUGUUUUCAGAAGUUCGUAAUGUAAAACUAUAAACAGAAUCGUCUCAUAAAACUGUCGACACGACGUGAUCUGUAGUGAAAAAAGAAAUGAGUAAAAUGGUGCCAUAGAACGUGUAAUUUUUCUACACCAUAAGAAGAAAAUCAUUAUCCAGUCAAAAUGGCGACGAAACCAGAAAAAUUACCAGUGACUGACACUAAUACAGAUUCCCUCUUAGAAAUUUGUAUUGAGACCAUUGCGCGUAAUCUCGACGCAAUUUCGAUAACAGAUCCUGUCACCCUGUUGCGCAGACUUAAAAAUGAUAUAAUUCUACCUGUGGAACUCUGUGAAAAGUUUAUUGACAUUUUUCAAAGAAAACACAUUAUUGAUGACAAAGUCGCGAAUAUAUUUCGUGAUACUGAGCGCACGAAAAUCAAUAAUUUGAAGCUGCGGAAUUCGGCGGUGACCGUUGAUGGUCUUGCCUGCUUUAUGGUUCAUAAACCAAAGACAGUGGAAUUAACUCAUUGUGUGGAUUUGACACAGGUGGCCAUCAAUGUGAUCAAUGAGCAUAGUGAGAACCUAGUAUCUCUGAAAUUUGGACCACUGAGUUAUACCAUUUCACAGAACAAACUUUACCAAAAAGAGUACAUCCUGUCUAUACCACAACUGAAGAAGUUGUCCAUUCAAUGCCGGAAGGCAACUGUCUUCCCAAUACUCCUCACUCAGCCUCUGUACUGCUUGAGGCAUUUGGAACUAUCAGAAUUGACACAAUCUAAUUACCUGACCGCUUUGCAAGGCCUUGAGACCUUGGAGUCACUGGUACUUUAUAAUGUACGAAUUGAGACAGGACUUGUAGAGUGGAUUUGUACCUUGCAUUCAUUAAAGCAUCUGGAUUUGUCUCAAUCAAAUGAGCGGCUGGGUGUAUUUCCUAAUCCUAAUUUAACACUGUCAAGGAUGAUGCAUUGCUUGCCGCAUCUGAUGUCUCUGGACAUUUCGGGCACCAAUUUAGCUGGUACUGGAGCAGCACCACCCCCUGAUGAGGAAGUGGGGGAACCUGAAGUGCCUGCUGUCCCUGUGAGGUGUGAUAUCCCUGGCCUAGUCAGUCGAGUGAACAAACCUCUGCACUUCCUUGGUCUUUAUGGAACCCAUAAUGGGGCCUGUAGGUGGCAUGAUAUUCCAGCUAAAGUGAUUACUGGUGAUACCAAUGAGGAGCAAAUCCUGACAUCAGCGAAGGUUUACAUGGGCAGAACUGCAAUGCUUGCUCAUGUCCUCAAUGAUCUUUAUUAUCUGUUCCGUUACGACCAGUGUGAAUCGGUACAACGUUCUCUUGCAAUUGUAUUGGAGGCAAUGAAAAGACAUAUCCCUGAGAAACAUAUUCAAAUAUCUGGAAGUGCUACUCUAUUCUACAUUGUAAAGGGUAAAGAAAAAGACAAGCUGGGAAAAAAAUUGAAGCACGACAUUCUGAAAGCUUUGCUUGAUGCAAUGGAGGAACAUAGGAAGGAUGAAACCGUCAUGAGAAAUGGCUGUAUCACCAUUUGCCAAUUCAAGAUUCCGUCAGAUGUGUUGUGUGAGUAUGAACGUCUAGUUCAGAUGCUGCUCAGUUGCGUGCCAUAUCAGAGCCAGGAGGGAUUCGUUCAGCGCGUCUCUAUCUACCUGCUUAACUCUCUAGCGUGCCAGGUCGACGGCAAUCGAAAGUUAUUCUUGGGGAGAAGUGGACUCAUUGAGAAAAUGAUGCGUCUGAUAUCGACACGUCUCGAUUGUGGUGUUUGCGACGACGUGCUUGAGGUCGCUUGGUCCACUCUGUGGAAUGUGACAGACGAAACUCCGGCCAACAGUAGCCGCUUCCUCGAAUGCCUCGGAAUGGAGUUAUUCAUCACAUGUCUAGCGGUAAAUGCAUUUCCUCUAAAAGAGGAAUUGCUCCGCAACAUGAUGGGCUUGCUGGGUAAUGUGGCCGAGGUGGCUGAACUGAGACCUCAGCUUGUGGACAGUAACUUUCUUGUACUCUUCUACAACCUUCUAGACUCAUCCAGCGAUGGAAUCGAGGUAAGCUACAAUGCGGCUGGGGUCCUGGCCCACAUAGCUUCUGAUGGGGAAGAAGCCUGGGUGGUGUCCAACCCGCCCAGAUCUGCCGUCCUCGCACGCCUGGCCAUGGCUGUACAGACCUGGAAUCUUCAUGAUGAGAGGAAUAUCAAUUAUCGAUCAUUCAAACCUAUCCUGGGUCUGCUCAGUGUAUAUCAUACACCGCAAUGCCAACAUUGGGCAGUGUGGGCUCUUGCUAACUUGACCACUGUAUACCCACAAAAAUACUGCAAGUUGGUGAUUGCUGAAGAUGGUAUUGCACUCCUUAAAGAUAUAUUAAAAGAUCCAAGGCCGUACACUGUGAUCAAAGAUCUUGCAAACAUGGUCAUCGACAACUGUGCGCGCUAUGCUGCUCAGGACAGUAACAACCCGGUCCCGGAUCCUGUGUCCUAUGACAACUAGCUAUUGGAGUUCUUUGGAGAGUUUGACCCAGAGUUACGUGAAUAGCAGAGGGUUUUAUUCCUCAGAUGCGUAGCAAUCUGGGCAGGAAGCGUCAUAGUGGGUCUCAUUUCUGUUAUCACCUAUGCCUUAACCCACUAGGCACAUAACACGGUCGGCCUGCAAUGAACCAUCACUGGAUGUACAGCAAAUUGGGAUUGCAGUAUAUGGAUAUGAUAGUGUUGUGUUUGAAGUUAUUGUGUUGUGCAGUGCCGUCGUAUUUGACGCGAUCAAUCUCUCCGGACUCAAUGAGUGAGUAUUACAAACAAUUUCAGAGCGUAAAUUUAAAAAUGAACGUUGGUAACUACCAGUUAGAUUAACCUCACAACUUAGUAUAUAAUGUGUUUAAUCUUAAUAUCUUAACACUCUUACCAUGAGUUUACACUACAGAUACAUUCACAUGUAAACAUGUUGUGAUGUAUCAUAAAUAACAUGUUUUAUUGUAAAAGUUACAGCUAGUUAACUCAUGUUUGUCUUGUAGUUUCGUUUCAGUAUUCUUCCGAAAAAUGUAUUUUCAAAUAAUAUUUAAUCAUGAAAUGAUUUCAAUCUUAUAUCCAAUAUUUUUUUGUUCAAAAUAGAAUAAAACUUGAUAUUUGUUACAAUAUUACUAUAAGAUCUGUAUUUCAAAUAAAUGUAUAUUGAUGUUAGUUAAACUAAGUUUAAGAAUGAAUAGUUCACAAUCACUAUGGUGAUGUAAUUGAUUGUAAAGAGGUGUUUCAAUUUAAUGUUGAAGUAGUAUACCUUGUGACUGCACCUCUACUUUAGUAUAUGUUUAAAUCUAUAACACCCUGUAUACUAGUCUCACAAAUUAAAUAAAAUUUCAUAAAUUUCUAAUCCUUAUAAUCAUUUAAGUAAAUUUAACGUAGAUUUAUAAAUAAAGUAAUUAACAAAACCAUGAUGAUGUUAGUUUAUAUUACUAUGAUAAUGACAAGAAAUCAAGUAUUGAUAAAAUAUAUAUAAUAUGGAAGUUUUGACAUUAUGUGUGUUUAGAUAUAUAAACAUGUAGCAGUUAUCUAAAUAUACAAAACAUAUAUCACAACUAAAUAGUUUACUUAUGAUGACCUUUAAGACGGCAUUAUGAUAGUGCAUGGAUAGGUUCGCCCAGAUCGCUGGGAAGAAUGGUGUGCCACUGGUCUGCUAAUUAAAGUCACACAUAACCUUGUUAUACUCCCUUCCUCCAAGGGAUGAUAAAAACAGUGGGCGCCAUCUAUAGAUAUAUAUAUACCUAGUUAGUCACUGACCAUUGGAAAAACUAAACAUAUUUAGAAAGAGAUCCUAGUGUUUUAACAAAGCUGAUUAUUAUUGUACUUAAAUGCUUAAAAUUAUAUUAAAUUAAUAAUCAUAGUUAUAAAAAUAUGGGUGUUUCUUCAUAAAAGGAACAAUCCUUUAUAAAAGUUUGUCUUUUUGCUUAUUAUAAUAAAUUACAGAUGUAAAAAUAUUAUUGGAAAAAAAAAUUAUAAAAGGAUGAAAAAAAAUUAAAUCUUGCUUCAUAUUAAAUUUAAAAAGUUAAAAUAGUCUUUGUACAUAGAUAAUUAGCUUUGAUUGUGUCUUUAGUAUGUCUAAGCCAUGAUAAAGAAUUGAUUGUGAACUUACCUGGACCCUCAUAACUUGACAACAUGUCAACUUUGCUCAUGAUUUAGGUCAUACUUCCCUACUACCACCCACAGGAUCUCUCUCCCCGUUGAAUACUUGACAUGUAUUAAAUAAAAUAUUUAAUGUUUAGAAUAUUUGACACUUACAUUAAGAUAAAUGUUUAAUCUACUGUUUGUUGUAAAAGAGAUGGCUGCGUUCGGGGUUUGUGUAACAUGCAAAUGUUCUAUGAGGGAUUAGUAUGUUAAGUCUUGUGUAUAUAUUUGAUAUUAUGUAUUUCAAGUUCCAUUCACUAAUGUUUCAAUGUUAGUGUUUCAUUCUGGAUCUUUAUCAAUGUCUAUUUAUCCCUUCUGUAAAUAUAUAGCUGUAUAAUAGCUUUAAAUAUUAAGAAGAUGUUAUAAUCAUUUACUAUAUUAUCUUACAGCACUAUUAAUCUAACAGUAAAUUAUUUAGUCUACAUAUAAUAAUCCUCUGGUGAAUUAUUUACAUUUUUUUUUCAGAUUUAACAUUUUAUGUUAUAGGAUGUACCUAACGCUUUUGUCCAUAUUUCAAACGAUUUGAUUCACUGAAUAAAUUUAAUAUUGUCUUUAAAUUGUUCUUAUUAUUGCAAUAUUAAACUUUGAUGCAAAAGUUGUAUAUGUUUUCAUUUUGCUUACAACAAAUUGCAUUGGAUGUUGUAAAAGAAUAGUUGUACCUAAGUAGACGUAGCUUUUUAAAAUAUAAUAAAUUAUUAUAUUGGUGUAUUUCAAUUAAAAUUUCCUUGUUCUAAACGUUCCUUACAUGGAAUAGAUGGCCAUUAGUUGUUUGUAGUAUCUUGCUAAUGAAAUCCUGUUUCUAUCGCGUAGGCUGCAGCUUUAAAAAUAUAUUUAAGUAUAUCUUAAACAUGUUUAAAAUUAUUUCUCAACUUUUUUCAUGAUUUAAACAUAUUU